AUGAAAAGAUUAAAGGCUAAAGGAUCAAUAAAUCAGAAAGAACUUUUAUUUAUAUUUUAUGAUGUCAUACAAAUAUUAUGUCAAAGUUCAAAUAUUCAAACUUUACAAGAAUCAAAUCUUAAGCGUCGUAAAAUCAAAGAAUUAAAUGUUGAAGAAUCAGUAUCGAAUGUCGAUGAAUUAGAAGAAAACGUUAAUGUAGUGGAAUAUAAUGAUAUACCUAAACUCGUAUUUGGUGAAAAAUACGAUGAUCAACUUGCUUUAGAUAAAGAUGAUCUUCUUUUUAAAAACCCUAAUCCAAGUAUAAUAUCAAAAUUCUCAACACCUAUUUCACCAGCUUUGCAAAAUAUGAACAAUGUCCAAUUGAAUAUUUCAACAAAUCAAGCAACUUCGGAAAUGUUGGCGAUUUUAGUUGACGAAACAAAGAUUAUGUUUUUAAGAGCCUGUGAUCCUCCCCCAAAAGAGGUAGCUCCCAGAUUUGCUGAUGCUACCAGAGCAUAUACUGAAGAUUAUAUUAAUAACAACAGAAUUACUCUGGAUGAAGUACCAAGUAUUGAUGAUUUAGGAUCAUAUGUAGAUGAUAUGGUUAUUUUUCAAUGUCUUAAAAUCCAAUGGCAUAGGUUAAUGAAGAAUG